AUGUGUGGGAUUUUCUUCUCACUGAGUGCUUCAGGAGCUGUGCUUCCGAACGAGGAGACCUGCUGCUUGUUGCGGGACCGCGGACCGGACAACUACCAUGUUCAUAAUGUUGAACGAAAGGUGACUAACACACGGUCAAGCAAUGAGCCCAUUUCUGUUCAUCUGACCUUUGUUUCUACGGUCUUGUCUAUUAGGGGGGACUGUCUUGUUCCUCAGCCAUUAGUGGAUGCUACAACCCAGUCCGUGUUAUGCUUCAAUGGUGACGCCUGGAAGAUAGCAGGUGAACCCAUACAGGGCAACGAUGCGGAGCUCAUCUUCAAGCUGUUACUACAGGCUGUAAACAUCCAUCCGAAUACAGAUUCGUCAGCGGACUCUUGUACGAGUGCUGUUCAGGGCGUCCUGGAUGUUAUCAGUAGCAUCUCCGGCCCCUUUGCCUUUGUGUUCUACGAUGCGGUCAAUUCCAAGCUUUUCUUCACCAGGGACUCUCUUGGACGGCGCUCUCUACUUCAAGGCGUUGAUGAGACCGGGACCUUCAAAAUAUGCAGUCUCUGCGAUGGCACGUCUUCCACCCACUUCAGUGAGGUCGAGACAGACGGAGUAUAUAUGAUUGACUUUGAACAUACUAUUUUCCAGGACGACUCGACCUCAACAGCUAAUGCUGGUACACCUUUGUUUGCGGCAAGUUGCAUACAAACAUUACUCUGGGAUCAGAAACAAUCUGACCGCCCUCUUCGCCCUAAAAAUCCAAUUCCUCCCAUGAAUCAGUCUACACCGGAAGGAGUCCCUCCUUUACUAAAUGUUGAAACCAUUGCCGUUAAAGAACUUGAAGAGAAGCUACGUCAAUCAUUGGCGUUACGGAUCCAGAAUGUACGCGAGCCACCUACCACAUCAUUGAAAAGCAAUGUGAAAGUUGCAGUGCUGUUUUCCGGGGGUCUCGAUUGCACACUACUUGCUAGACUCUCCCAUGAGAUUCUCCCGGAGGAUGAAGUCAUCGAUUUGCUCAACGUUGCGUUCGAAAACCCGCGCGUUGCGGCCGCAGCGGCAGGCAAAGGAGAGGCAGCUGGUUCUGUGUAUGAGAACUGCCCCGAUCGUAUCACCGGCCGAGCAGCAUUCGCCGAAUUGCAAAAAGUAUGUCCCGGUCGCAACUGGCGAUUUGUGGCAAUAGAUAUUCCAUACGUGGAGACCGUUGCACACCGCGACACCGUGAAACGGCUGAUGCGACCCCACAAUACCGAGAUGGAUCUCUCUAUUGCCUGCGCAUUAUAUUUCGCCUCUCGUGGGCAAGGUCUGGCCUUUGACAGUCGACAGGACGAUGCCCAACCCGCGCAAUAUACCACCUCCGCCCGAGUGCUCCUGUCUGGCCUUGGUGCAGAUGAGUUAUUUGCAGGAUACUCAAGGCAUGGAGUGGCGUUCUCUCGAAAUGGAUUCGAAGGCCUCAUCGGCGAAAUCAAUCUUGAUGUCAGUCGCCUGGGAAAGCGAAACCUUGGUCGUGAUAACCGAGUCAUUGCACACUGGGGUCGCGAAGCGAGAUUUCCUUUCCUUGACGAAGAGUUCGUAUCCUGGGUGGUACAGCUUCCUGUCUGGGAGAAGUGUGGUUUCGGAACCCCCUCACCAGCAGACGAUUCACCAGAGGCAGGGCUUGAUUUAGAGAAAAAGGCCCUCCGUCUAGUCGCUCUGAGACUCGGUAUGACCAACGUGGCCCGGGAAAAGAAGCGAGCAAUCCAAUUCGGAUCCCGAACAGCCAAGAUGGAGAAAAGCAAAGUGAAAGGGACCGACGCACUCACCUGA